ACCGGAAGUACAUCGUAUGACCCCGUCUCUAAUGCUGACAAGCCCUAAGAAACAAGUGUAAUGUGCUCAUGGUGUAACCUCUAAGAGCAUUAAGACUAUUCUCUGUGCGGUAGGAAAAACGGAACAUUUAACAGAGCGGUUACAGAAACAUGAGCACAAUGUUCGCCGACACUAUCCUCAUCGUGUUCAUCUCCGUGUGUACGGCGCUGCUAGCCGAGGGUAUUACUUGGGUUUUAGUGUAUCGUACCGAAAAGUACAAGAGGUUAAAGGCUGAAGUGGAAAAACAAAGCAAAAAACUUGAGAAGAAAAAGGAAACCAUCACAGAAUCUGCAGGACGUCAACAGAAGAAGAAAAUUGAAAGACAAGAAGAGAAGCUGAAGAACAACAACAGAGACUUGUCUAUGGUGCGGAUGAAGUCCAUGUUUGCCAUCGGCUUCUGCUUUACCGCUCUGAUGGGAAUGUUCAACUCCAUCUUUGAUGGGAGAGUAGUGGCCAAGUUGCCGUUCACGCCGCUGUCCUACAUCCAGGGACUGUCGCACCGCAACCUGCUGGGCGAGGACUACACCGACUGCUCCUUCAUCUUCCUCUACAUCCUCUGCACCAUGUCCAUCAGACAGAACAUUCAGAAGAUGCUCGGUCUCGCGCCCUCCAGAGCUGCAACCAAACAGGCCGGAGGCUUCCUGGGACCCCCCCCACAAGCAGCCAAGUUCUCCUAACAAUCAGACGCGUCUCACGGUGCUGCUCCUGUAGACACGGCUCCCUCCUCAGAUCACAGAGCACAAGACAAACGGAUUCUCUUUUGCAGCUACUGUUUCUCUGCCUUCUGUUGGAUUCCUCAUCCACGUUUUGUUUAUUUAACUUUAACAUAGUCUUACUUCGAAAAUUAGUUCUUAAUGAUUACCAAAGGAUACAAAAGUCUACCUUGUAUUCAGCUCAUGCCAUACAUUGUUUGGAUAUUUUAAUGAUUAAUUGGCACUGUAACAUCUGAUCCAUCUAUCAGUAUUAUUAUAUGUCAUUGUUGGUAUUCUUAUUUCUUACAUAAUAAUAAAGUUUUAUGAUUACUCUUUA